UCGAGCAUGAAGCUACUACACCUUGCAUGUAAUAACACACGAGACUCAACUUGUCUUGCAUCGGACAAAACAUUCACCCAAAAUAUGGGUAGGUGGGUUUUGGGACGUCUUUAAAACAUUAUAUUAUUCAGGAAAAAAAACCACCAAGACUGUUCGUCAAGGAGCAGCAUCUGUCUCAUCACCGAGUAUAAGCUUAACGCCAGGCUGGAUGUUUUCACUCAAGUAAAAAGCACACAAUCUGAACUCUGAAGACUCUUUCUCCUUUGGAGCCUACAUUUAACACUCUGCCAAGAUGUCUUCCGAAUCUAUCGUCCUGCCUGCCAUCCCUCGUAUUCCCGUCCAGCUCCAAGGCAAAGACUUUCUCUGCUCCUCAACUUUCCGCAUCGGGAAUGACCGUCGCCUAUCCCGCAGUGCCCUAAAGCGCAGCACCUUCACCAAGGACUACGUGGUGCACGACCACUACGGGCGAGCAGCAGCUUCCGAUCCACCAGCUCCUGCCGAGGUGAUGCACCGCGAUCCCAACCAGGUCAGCCAGAACGCAACCGAAUCCAAUGUUUCCUUCACUGGCACCACCCUCCCAAAGGUGUCCAUGUGUCUCAAACUGAACAAGACCAACUUCAAGAUGGACGCGGAUGAGAGAGUGGACUCCUUCCACACCACACAUGCCAGCCACUACUAUCCGAAGCCGUUGAGUAGGAGUUUCCCGUUGGAUAACGCCAUGAAGAGCUAUGUUCCUCAAGGAGAUAUAGAGAAGGAGAAGAUGCCGAUGUCUAACUACAGAGAUAACUUUCUCGGCCAUGAUACCAAUGUCUUCAAGGUGAAAAAGGCGCCAUGCAUGCAUGACGGAGGCCAGAGUACAAUCCGAGGCGAGGACAGGACCCACACCCAGUUUGCCACAUCAACGGAGGAGCAGUUUCCAGGCAGAUAUUUACCCUACGUUGCAGUCAAACCAGACCUCCUUGGUUCUAACAUUCCAAAAGGCGACCAGGAGAAGUUGGUUCACAAAGAGACCACCCAGGUCGUGUCAUACCCCAAACCAGGCAGCGCCAACUACCGUGUUUACAGAAGAGACAACGCCCUGACAAGGCUUGGGGACACCAACUACAAAGUGGGACACGCUAAGAAGUAUGACAAGUUUGAAACGACAGCCGCACAGUCCUUCCAGUUGGAUCAAAUGCCAGAGCCAACACAGAUUGUCUCAUAUGACAGCAAUGCCAGUAGUUUUCCUGAGGGGGAUCGUAACCCAGAGAGAGUGAAGAACAGAGUGUCUACCACAAACUACACGUUCUACCACAAAAAGCCCCCUGGCAGUUUCCACAACGACAUCAUAUCAGGAGCCAACAAACUCACCUCCAGUCGGGUAACUUUUGGCGUACCGAGCCAGAACUCUGCGUAUUACUCCACGACAGUAACCGAUACCUACCCAGCAUUCAGCGUACCUGUAGAGCGAGUCGCUGGUCAUCAGAAAAGCAAAGUACCUCUGGACUUCUAUGGGACAGGACAAGAGGUGAACACCUCAACGACAAAGGAUAACUUUCCAUCUUGGGAGGAAUUCCCAAGACACACAGUGAGCAAGGAGGCCCUAGCCAAGCUUCGGAGCUCCAACAUCACUCCUCCCCUCCAUGGUAACCGUGAAUUCACCACCACUCACCUAUCUUCCUACACUGCCAAGAAGGUGAACAGGUACCAGUACGACAGCGGUAAACUGCAACGAAGCUCCGUCCCGCUUGGUACCAUGACGAUAUGAGGAGACCAAAUUUAUCUGUAUUAUAUUAAAAAUGAAAUAUUUCUUUUAUUAAAUUAUGACUACACGCUUCCAAUAAUCUUACAUGUACUGUUCAAAAUAGUACUGAAUUCAUUUUGUAUAUGAUUAUUUUCUCACUUUUAAUUUGUGGCAUUGUACACUGUAAAUAGCUUUUCACAGAAAUGUUUUUGCUCCCAUGACUCAUAAUUUAUUACCCAAAUGCCAUAGGUCUCGUUGUAUAGUGCUGUGGUUUUAAACUGAAACACAAGCAUAGACCCUACACAAAUAGUUGAGGUGCAUUUAACACCAACCACUAUUUUCAACCUGGGAAAAGUUCAAUGGCAUUACUUAAAGAUAGGGUCAUAGGUUGGUUUCUAUCAAUGUAAUGCUGAUUCAUUGGCAAAGUUAUAUGGAAAGUUACUAUAAAAGUAAAAAAUUAAAGUAACAUGUGAAAGUUUCAGCUGAAUAGUGUCUACUUGUUGAGAAAACAGGAAUAAAACUGUCUCUAUACUUUCACUAUGAAAGCUUAUCAACACCUUGCUCAUUAACAAUCACCAAGAUUCAUGUCUAAGCCAAAUAUUGGCCCCUCUUCGUUUGGCUGGGGUCGAGGUCGGCAAGGUGAGGGAGAAUGGGGAAAGGGCGGGCACUGGUAUGAAAGCCCAGCUAGGUAAACUGUCAUGUAGGAUCCAUACACCAUUCCUAUGAUAUUUUAAUCAAGAAGUUGGCUCCCCUUUUGUUUUAGAGAAUGAAGUUCCUGUUGACCGUUUUACACCACUUACAUGAUCACAAAUUCUUACAACAAACAAUACUGUCAACAAGCCUUCAAGUAACAGAAGCAAAACAGUGAAAACAGGAGCUGUUCAGACAUACCAGUACGAUGUUGAUCUGGACGCUGAAUGCAGGACUUGUCAGCCUGUGUAGCAGUCUGAUUGUAGGACAUCUUGCAAGUAGCACGAUGUGUGUGUGUGAAGGUUGGGGGAUUUUUCCAACAGGCUGCCUGCAUAAUCUCUGUAAUAGCCACUCCCUGAAAAGGAACUAGUAAAGUGUGCAUAGGAAAAGUCUGAAUCCGAUAUGGCAAUGACUAUAGUUUUAAAAAGGACCAUAAAUGCAGACCAGGUAAGUAAAGCUUCUUGCUUUUUAAACGGAGACUUAAACCCAGAUCAUACUUCAUGUGAAUACAAAGCGACUUUGACGUGAAUUUGACGUCACAACCCUCCUUUCGCACCGAUAUUCGCAAGUGAGUUGAGCAAA